AUGUCUUCACAUGUUUCUAUAUGGACACUGCAGAAGCUGCUACCUGAAGGAAAGAGAAUAGAGUAUCGCUAUGCAAUCUGUAGUCUACAUAUACUCUCUGAUGCUGAAAAAGAUGUAUGUGUGCAUCAAUGGGAAAUACACUGUACUCCGAGAAACUUUGUACCUAAGGGUUCCGAAUAUUUUGAAGACGGCGGAGAAUUCGGUGUUUAUAAUGGUGAGGAAAAAAUAAAUAGAGGUUGGCUAACACGACAAAGUGAGGUUCUUCUGUACUUCCAUGAGGCCAGGGGAACAGAUAUGAUCACUGUAUUCCAUCCACACUCAGAUGAGGUGGAAGAAAACCAACCAACAGAACAGAAUGAUGUCUACUAUAGCUUCAAAGUCUCAGCCAAAACAGUCCAAAAAUCAUACGAGAAACAGCGGAAAAAGAGACGUCCUCAACAAAGUUCACCGGUUUCACCAGGAAAUAGCUCCUAUCAAUCGCCCGUUAAAGAGUCUGGUAGAUCUCAAUCUACCAAGAAGAGUAUCCCUGUCAGUGUCCAGGCACUGAAUAAGUAUGAAUACAGGCGUGCUGAACAAGGUGAAUUUGGACACAUGUUUGAGGAUGAUAAUGACUAUUUAGUUUUCUCCACACAAACGUAUUAUCCAGAAUCUCUGGCAUUUACCAUUGAAGUUUUUGAGUAUCACACAAAUGAAGCCACGCCGUCAUCCUCUUCCUUCUCAACAUCUCCAGAAUAUCUCGGCGUGGCUCAUCUUCUACCUCGCAAUUUCAAAUCUACAUCUGGUUAUGCUCAUGUGUCUAUUCAUGGUAAAGAUCAGCAACCAGUCGGUGAACUAACGGUUCAGUAUCUGGUUGUACGCUGUCUUGAUACUGAUCAGAGCAAUAUGCAAGUCAGUUAUGCAAAGCACUGGAAAAAGAGACGUCCUUUGAAUGUUGGUCAUCGUGGGAGUGGCAUAUCACAUGAUUCCAGCUUAGCAGAGUUCCCUGCUCUGCAUUUAGCACCGGUAAAAGAGAAUACCAUAGCUUCUUUUCAGUCUGCUGCAUCUUGUGGAGUUGAUAUGAUUGAAUUUGAUGUAUUGCUAACCAAAGAUCGGAUACCUGUAGUAUUCCAUGAUUUCAGUGUCUAUCUCAAUAUGAAAAAGAAAUUAGCAUCUGAAGACAGUGUUGAGUUGUUUGAAGUUCCUAUAAGCGAGUUGACUCUGGACCAGUUACACCUUCUGCGGGUAAGCCAUUCCAGCCGAGCCAACCAUCCACAGGAUGGUCCGGAUGAUGAAGACAACCCAGAUUUGCAGCCAUUUCCAACCUUGAGAAAGGUAUUUGAAAAUGUACCAGAUCAUCUUGGAUUCAACAUUGAAAUUAAAUAUCCACAAAUAUACGCGACUGGAAUUCCCGAGCAGAAGAGUGAGUUUAUUGAAAGAAAUGUAUUUGUGGAUACGAUAUUGAAAGUUGUAUUAGAGUAUGCUGGUUGUAGACGAAUCAUUUUCUCAUGUUUUGAUCCUGAUGUUUGUACCAUGAUACAACUGAAACAAAAUAAAUUUCCAGUUUUAUUUCUGAACUAUGGAGAAACUGACAGAUAUCCCAGCUUCACAGAUCAACGAUGUCAAGAACCAUCCACUGCAAUGCUAUGGGCUUUAUCUCAAGGCUAUUUGGGUCUGAGUUCUCACACUGAGGACUUUUUGAAUGAGAAGUGGUUGUUGACAGCUGUCAAAGAAUCUGGGUUGGUUUUAUUUUGCUGGGGAGAAGACAAUAAUAAGCGUGAAGUUAUGGCAGAGUUGAAACAAUUUGGAGUGGAUGCCAUAAUUUAUGACAGAGUUCAUGAUCCAGACGAACCAAAGGAGAAUAUCUUUCUUGUCGAACAGCGAGAUAAGCGUUAUUUGAUGAAUACUAUUGCACAGUUGAGCACAGAAGAUACAUUUUCCAGUUUGACCGGCACUUCUGCAUUACCCAAGAACCUUCCAGAAAGUUCUUGUGAUUAAGGAAAGAUGAAUGGUAGACUGUGAAUCAAUGGAUUUUCCCAUUCUUUAAUAAAUACUUUCCAUUUCCAGACACAAUUGGUUUAUUGUAGUAUUUGCUGAUUUAGAUUUUAACAUUGUAAUAUUAUAAGUCAUCUGUGAUGGCUAUAAAUUAUUAGGAAUUUACACUCUAUUAGUUGUAAUGUUAGUUUGUUUUUUUUUAAUCGAAAAUUUUAUGAUUUGCCAUCUCUUAAAAAACUAAAUUUUAUAAAUUACAGUACCAUGGUACUCAUUUUUGGGUGGUAUUUAUAUUAAGUUAAAUCUAAGAUAAUAUUACUGAAGGCUUGUGAAAUUUUUCUGCAUGGAGUAUCUUCAUAAUAUCGACAAUAUGCAUAUCUAUGAAUAUGUAUUAAGAUAUGAAUAUUUUCAGGGAUUUUGUUCGACAUGAUUCUAUUGUCAAUUAGUCUCAUCUUUAGAAUAAACUUUGUAAAUAUACAACUAAUACAGUUUUA